CUACGAGCGGGCAGCGACGGCGACUACGAACGAGGUCUCUUCCGGUGUCCGUGUUGUUAGUAGCGCACGUGUCAAAAGUGUAACAAAAUUGAAUUGAAAGCUAAAUGUUAUUGAAUGGAGAAUUGUAGUGUUUAAAAGUAAACCAACUUCUUAUUCUUGAACUUGCUGAGUACGGCAUAUCACUAAACAAGGGAAAAUGGUGGGGUCACGUGUCUAUGUCGGCGGUCUGCCGUUCGGCGUCCGAGACAGGGACCUGGAGAAGUUCUUCAAAGGUUUUGGCAGAAUCAGGGAUAUCCUUAUCAAGAAUGGAUAUGGAUUUGUGGAAUUUGAGGAUUAUCGAGAUGCAGAUGAUGCAGUUUAUGAACUUAACGGAAAAGAACUACUAGGAGAAAGGGUGGUGGUGGAGCCGGCCAGGGGCAUCGACCGCAGCGCCGACCGUUACCGGCGCGACCGCUACUACGAGCGCGACCGCGGCCGGUCGCGAUACGAUGACUACAGUUACAGAUACGGGCCGCCGACGCGCACCGAGUAUCGACUAGUCGUCGAAAAUCUGUCUAGCCGCAUUAGCUGGCAGGACUUGAAGGAUUACAUGCGUCAAGCUGGUGAAGUCACUUAUGCUGACGCACACAAGCAGCAUAGGAACGAAGGUGUGGUGGAGUUUGCUACCCACUCUGAUAUGCGCGCGGCUAUUGAGAAGCUGGAUGGAACAGAACUGAAUGGGCGACGUAUCCGUCUGAUUGAGGCUAGACGUGGCUCCCGUCGCCGCACUCGCUCCUCAUCGAGCCGAAGUCGAUCUCGGUCCAGGGAUCGCAGACGCAGCCGAUCCAGGUCUCGCUCCCGUCGCUCCUCCCGUAGCCGCUCCCGCUCCAAAUCUAGGCCAAAGAGCAAGAGCCCCGUUGUCAAGUCCCGCAGCAGAUCCCGAUCCAAGGAUCGCAGUCGUUCGAAGUCGCGGUCACGCUCGGAGUCCCGUAGAUCUGAACGUCGGUCGGAGUCCCGUAGAUCUGAACGUCGGUCGGCCUCCCGUAGGUCUGACCGCCGCUCGGCGUCGCCACGGCCCUCCGCAGAGAGAAACGGCGGGAAGUCAGCCUCCAGGUCCAAGUCCCGAUCACCGAAAGCUGCUUCCAAGGAAAGGUCUCGCUCUCGCAGCAAGGAGGCGUCGCCGAAGCGUGAGGAAGAACGUCGCCCGAGCAAGUCUCAGUCUCGCUCCCGCUCCCGCUCUCGGUCCAGGUCCCGCGACCGCUCCGCUUCUCGCGAUCACUCCGCCUCUCGGUCGCGCUCAGGUUCGCCGCGACAGAAUGGUGAAGCGCAAGACCGCGCAAGUACAGAUAGGUCGCCUCGUAGUGGUGACUAGACAGACCCUAGUUGUAAGCUGCAUAGAUUUAUUUGUUUAUAGUUUUAACAAAUUCGUGACCUCAACUAUAGUAACAAUAUUGUUCUUAGUUUUGACUCUUAGCAUCCAUAUCAAUAUUAAAAUCAAACUAGUUUUCACUACUUGUAGUAGCACUUUAUAUAAAUAUAUAGAUAAGAUAUCUUUUUGUAUUUAAUCCGAAAUUUUUCAUGAAAGUUGGGUGUAACACCCAAUCUGUUAAACAUUUUAAAUAAUAGAAUAUCUAGAAAUUGUUGUAUAAGUACCUAUACAAUUAAUUUGGUAUCAUGAAUCUGAUCUCCAUCAGCUUAAAAGUACAAUGUUUCACUAUCCUUAACAUAAUUUAGCAUUUGGCAAUGCUUUGUUGAAGUCACGAUGGUUGAAUAUAAGAUUCUUAUAAUGUGCACCGUGUUUGAUAUUUUUUGUCUCACACGGGUGAUAGAUGUCUUUGUCUAUACAUAGGUUAGUUAAGAUCGCUUUACGGGCUAGUGGGCAAAUAGAUACUUAUAUUAUUUAAGUAAUAAAUUCUACUGAAUCCCUUGACUGUAAUAAUUUAAUUUUGUUAAUUGUGUUAAAGUGAUGUAUAAUUUUUAUUUUCUGUGAGUCAUUUGAUGCAUUUUUGUCGAAAGAUAGUGGUGUCGAGUAUUUGCCCAUACUUUAAGUGAAAGUAACAAAAUUUGACGAAAUUUUAUAAUUACCUAUUUUUUGGUAAAAGAUGUAACAACAUAAGAUUUAACUCUACAUCUUUAAGACAAUUCUACUUGGUAGGCUAAUUUUGUAAAUAGUAUAUUUGUUACUAAUAACCAAAUAAUAAAUAAGGCUGUACCGAUAUUUUUUAGUUUUAUUUCAAUUUUUCCUCCCAUAAAGUAUGCAUCGUCUGCGU